ACAAUCAGUCAUGCUUGUAAAAUUGCAAAUAAAUUGUUUGCAAAUUUAAUAAAACAAAUUAUAUGGAAGACAGCAGACAUAACAAAAGUUUUAACAAGUUAUUCUAAAAAUAUAUAAUAAGCUCAGACUUAAAAUGGAUUCAGACAGUCCAGAUCUAGAUUGUGCGAUUUGCAGGGAAAAAUGUCACCAUCCCACUAAGUUACCAUGUGGUCACAUAUUUUGCUUUCUGUGUGUGAAGGGAAUUGCCAUACAAAGCAGGAAGUGUGCAUUGUGUAGAAAUCACAUACCAUCUGAUUAUCUGGAUAACCCAGUUCUUUUAGAGAAAAGUAAUGCAGAGGCAUUUGCCAUAGAAAAUGAUGGUGAUUCCUAUCAAUGGUACUAUGAAGGUAGAAAUGGAUGGUGGAAGUAUGAUGAAAGAAGCAACAGUGAGCUAGAAGCUUCAUAUAACGCAGGGGAAACUGAAUGCUCCCUCUUACUAGCGGGCACUACUUACAGUAUAGACUUUCAAAAUAUGAUCCAGGUACGCCGUAGUGACAGAACUAGACGACGAAAAGUUAGAAGAGAUGUUCCAACUUUACCAGCAAAAGGCAUAGCUGGAAUUAAACAAAUUAGCGUAGGAAAUGAUGAAAAUGAAGAAAAUUCUGAAGAUGUAAAUUCAAAUAGUGUAGAUAAUGAGACUGAAGAGAUUGAAAUUGUUGGUGAAAACUAUGUGGCUGAUAACACGGACUCUCCUCAAUCUGCAGAUGAUGUGAUUGAUUUGACACAGAGUGUGAGUUUGAUUUUCAGUAACAUCAACAUUGAAGAUGAUGCAAGAAGAGAUGCCCCAAGAUAAUCCACAGGUUGUGAAGGAAUUAUGAUAGAUUAUUGUAAAAAAUAUAUAUUGUUAAGUUUCAGUAAAAUG